ACAGGCACACUGCAGCAGGCUGCUAGCCUUUAGCAUCAGUUUCAUUCAUCCACCCUAACUACUGUAAACAUGCAGGAAUGGGCCAAUCAAUUAUGCGAGAAUCGACAGUUUGGAUCCAAGAUGACGGACUCCAAGUAUUUCACCACUACCAAGAAAGGGGAGAUCUUUGAGCUCAAGGCGGAGCUAAACAGUGAUAAGAAAGAGAAGAAGAAGGAGGCUGUAAAGAAGGUCAUCGCAUCUAUGACAGUGGGAAAGGAUGUCAGCGCACUGUUUCCAGAUGUUGUGAACUGCAUGCAGACAGACAAUCUGGAGCUGAAAAAGCUGGUCUAUCUCUACCUGAUGAACUACGCCAAGAGUCAGCCCGACAUGGCUAUCAUGGCUGUUAACACCUUUGUGAAGGACUGUGAAGACCCCAACCCUCUCAUUCGGGCCCUUGCCGUUCGCACCAUGGGCUGCAUUCGUGUGGACAAGAUCACUGAGUACCUCUGUGAGCCACUGAGAAAAUGUCUGAAGGACGAAGACCCUUACGUGAGGAAAACAGCUGCUGUGUGUGUAGCAAAGCUCCAUGACAUCAACGCCCAGCUGGUGGAGGACCAAGGCUUCCUGGACACCCUUAAAGAUCUCAUCUCUGACUCCAAUCCUAUGGUUGUAGCAAACGCCGUGGCAGCCCUGUCUGAGAUAGCAGAAUCUCAUCCUAACAGUAACCUACUGGACCUGAACCCUCAGACUAUAAACAAGUUGCUGACAGCUCUAAAUGAGUGUACAGAGUGGGGACAGAUAUUCAUUCUUGACUGUCUGGCCAAUUACACACCUCGUGAUGACCGUGAGUCCCAAAGCAUCUGUGAGCGUGUGACCCCGCGGCUCUCCCAUGCCAACUCGGCAGUGGUGUUGUCAGCAGUUAAAGUUUUAAUGAAGUUCAUGGAAAUGCUGCCCAAAGACCUGGACUACUAUGGCACCCUGCUGAAGAAGCUGGCCCCUCCACUGGUCACUCUCCUCUCUGCUGAGCCCGAGUUGCAAUAUGUGGCACUUAGAAACAUCAACCUCAUCGUCCAGAGACGCCCAGAGAUCCUGAAACACGAAAUGAAGGUUUUCUUUGUAAAGUACAACGACCCAAUCUAUGUCAAACUGGAGAAGCUGGACAUCAUGAUUCGCCUGGCAUCUCAAGCCAACAUUGCCCAGGUGCUGGCUGAGUUGAAGGAAUAUGCCACUGAGGUGGACGUGGACUUUGUGCGUAAAGCGGUCAGAGCCAUUGGCCGCUGUGCCAUCAAAGUAGAGCAAUCGGCAGAGCGCUGUGUCAGCACCCUCCUAGACCUCAUCCAGACCAAGGUCAAUUAUGUGGUACAGGAAGCCAUUGUGGUCAUCAAGGACAUCUUCCGCAAGUACCCCAACAAAUAUGAGAGUGUGAUUGCCACUUUGUGUGAAAACCUGGACUCUCUGGACGAGCCAGAGGCUCGUGCUGCCAUGAUCUGGAUUGUGGGAGAGUAUGCGGAGCGCAUUGACAAUGCUGAUGAGCUGCUGGAGAGCUUUUUGGAGGGUUUCCACGACGAAAGUACUCAGGUGCAGCUGCAGCUACUGACAGCUAUCGUCAAGUUGUUCCUGAAAAAGCCUACAGAGACACAGGAGCUGGUGCAGCAGGUGCUAAGCCUUGCCACACAGGACUCUGAUAACCCAGACCUCAGGGACAGAGGCUACAUCUAUUGGCGUCUGCUCUCCACAGACCCUGUGGCUGCCAAGGAGGUGGUUCUGGCUGAGAAGCCCCUGAUCUCAGAGGAGACAGAUUUGAUUGAGCCCACACUGCUGGAGGAGCUUAUCUGCCACAUUGGUACUCUGGCCUCUGUCUACCACAAGCCUCCCAGUGCCUUUGUCGAGGGCAGCCGCGGUGUUCAGCACAAGAGACUCCCUGGCAGUGCUGGAUCUGGGGAGAGUGUUGAGAGCCCAGACACUGGUUCUGCUGCUGGAGUGUCUGAUGCACCCCCCGCUGUCAUCCCAUCCCAGGGAGACCUUCUGGGGGAUCUUCUCAAUCUGGACCUGGCACCUCCUGCCACCACCACUGGACCACCGCCACCAACCUCCUCUGGCAUGCAGAUGGGUGCUAUGGACCUCCUUGGAGGAGGAUUGGACAGCCUGAUGGGGGAUGAGUCUGAACCGCCGCCCAUCCCCCUGCGGACGGACACUCCUCAGUCACCUCAGCUCCCACAUCAGUCCCCAUCGCCCCCAGAUUACAGCCCCACUGAGCUUGGUGGAGACCUAGGAGGGAGUCCCGCUAUGGGGGCUGGUUUUGGUGCUCCUCCUGCAGCAAUGCCGGCCUCUUUCAAUGCCCCUGUUAGCGGCGGUCUGGAUGACUUGUUUGAUCUGGGAGGUGGAGUUGGAAUGCCUUCAGGAGCCUACAGCCCCCCAAAAUCAAUUUGGCUUCCGGCAAUGAAGGCUAAGGGUCUUGAGAUAUCAGGCACUUUUGCCCGCCGUGCUGGGGUUGUCCAAAUGGAGAUGACCCUCACUAAUAAGGCUAUGAGUGUCAUGACUGAUUUUGCCAUCCAGUUUAACAGAAACAGCUUUGGACUUGCUCCAGCUGGACCACUCCAGGUUCUAACUCCUGUUAGCCCGAACCAGAGUAUUGAAGUGGCCCUUCCUCUCAACACUGUGGGACCUGUCAUGAAGAUGGAGCCUCUCAAUAACCUGCAGGUGGCUGUUAAGAACAACAUUGACGUCUUCUACUUCAGCUGCCAGUACCCCAUCAGCAUGCUGUUUGUGGAGGACGGGAAGAUGGAACGACAAGUUUUCCUGGCCACAUGGAAAGACAUUCCUAAUGACAAUGAGUCCCAAUUUCAGAUCAAAGACUGCCAUCUCAGCUCAGAUGCAGCCUCCAGCAAACUGCAGGGUAGCAACAUCUUCACCAUAGCUAAGCGUACAGUGGACGGUCAGGAUAUGCUGUAUCAGUCCACGAAACUCACCAAUGGCAUCUGGGUGCUGGCUGAGCUGAGGGUGCAGGCAGGAAACCCAAAUUACACAGUCUCUCUGAAGUGCAGAGCUCCAGAGGUUGCCCAGUGUGUGUUCCAGAGCUACGAGGCGGUGCUGAAGAACUGAACAGACACCGGUACAUCCAGCCAGCCGCUGCCCUCCAGACUCCUCUCGCUCUUUCUCUCCUGGCCCACGAAUCAUAUCAUGCAGUGCAGGAGCCACUUCCGGCUUCAUUUGACCUGGAGACUGCAGUCUGAAUGUCAUCCAGCCUAUUCAUUAGGAUGGCUGAUGGUCUGUUGUUACGAUUUUGUUUGUUUGUUUGUUUUUUAUUAUUUUAAUUUCUCCCAGACUGAGAUUUCUAGUUGGCUCUCUUGGCUAGGCUUUUCCUGUCCCCUCUUUGUAUGCUUGUUGACCCCACAUGUUUCAGUUUCAGGACCUUAUCUCCAGCUAGAUUAUCUGAGCAGGUCCUCUCUGUCUGAGCCAUCCUGUGACAGCCUUUACUCUCAUGGGGACAGGCGGCUCUACGACUUCUACCCUCCCUGAUUGUUUCUCUGCAUGAGGCUCUUUAAUCAUUUUCCAGCCCCAUUUCUCUGUAAAUUGGAGCCUAUUUUUAGCAUCUGCAAUCAGCAGGUGAAUCAUCACUUUCAGCGUAUUUAUUUGGGGGGUAAUUUCAAUUAGGAUACAGUGAGGAAAAAAAGGCUUUAACUCUCCUUACGCUCCGCCUGUGUGAAGGGGAUGACAGCUGUGUGGGCCUUAAAAAAAACUACACUAUUGUUGUCUUUGUCAUUUUAUAGAGUUUUCUUUGGUAUCUGUGGUUAGCAGUGGGAUCAGAUCCUCUACUGUCCCUGAAGGCAGAAUGUCUGAUGUGUGCAUGGAAACUGUGUUGGUGUGUGUUUCUUUAGUUUUUACAUCAGUAUCGUGACAUUUUCUGGACUAGCAGCGGUUGUCCACUGACUGCUCUCUUACUAAGUCAUUCCACGGUAUAAUUUGUGUUCGUAGUCUCGUUAGUGUACAUGUGGUGAAGUGGGUGAGAGCCUCAGGUGGUGAGGAUUUUUAUAUUUGCUGCUUCCCUGUGCAUCAGCGACAGCCACUCGGGGCUUUCUGCCACUUUGCUCUCUCAGCAUCCUCCUCUCAGCUCUCUCCAGCUCCAUGACCACCUGAGAUGAAGGCUCAGGUGAAAUACACUCACCGUCAUGGGUUGUAACACCUCUGAGUAAGAAGUGUGGAUGUUGGUAGCUUGGUGUUUUGGCCAAAAUGAGGCUACAGCAGCAUCCGGUCUCCCCGUUUUACCUGCAGAUUCUGCAGAUUAAUUGGAUCCCUUUUCUGAGUCAUUACACUGAAGCCCUUUUUAUCGGCUCGACAGGACGGAUGCACUAACACCUUUAGCAGAUUACAACAGACGAGGCUGUGUAUUCCGCGUGUGUGUCUUUGUGUGUCGUGACAGCUGAUUCAUACGAAAUGCUGUACAAAAAAAGAAAAAUCAAGUGUUUAAUCAGAUGUUUUUGAUCAACAUAAUUUUGUUUGUUGUGUGUACAUCAUUUGAAAAAGAACUAUUAAAAGACUUGAUAAAUUCA